GCUGUAAGACAUGGCCACGGGGCCGUCUCCUCCGUGUCCGAUCCUCUUCGGCCCAAGAUACUCGUCCGCUACACCGUAGUCCGCUGAUGAAAGGUUCAGGGAGAACGGACGGACGGCACACACUCCACUCGCAACGUCGCGAGAGCGAGUAGGUAUAGUUGGCCGUUGAACCCGAUCUGUUUUCCGGUGCUAGUUCCAAUUCUGCAAUCACGACGUCGUCACAAGACUGAGACGACGACGCCGGUGACACCCGUUUUCGUCAAGAAGGGAGGCGAGAUCUGAGGGGACAUGUUUCGGAAGAAAGAUCCAAAAGAGGCGAUGAGAGCUCAGCAGCGGGAGCUGAAAAAGACGAACAGGGAGCUGGAGAGGGACAGAGGCAGCCUGGAUCGGCAAGAAAAGCAGCUGGAAGCUGAAAUCAAGAAAGCUGCCAAAAGAGGAGAUAAGCAGGCAGCUACCAUAUAUGCCAAGCAGCUGGUGAGAAUGAGACAGCAGAAAGCCAAGUCGCUUGGACUUAGCUCCACUAUCACCUCCACUGGGCACCGAAUGCAGGUGAUGCAGAGUCAGGCGAAAAUGGCGGGAGCCAUGGGCUCUACUGCAAAGACAAUGGCAGCUGUCAACCAGCAGCUGAAAGUUGAAGACAUUCAGAAGACGAUGAUGAACUUUGAGAAAGAGUCGUCAAAGAUGGAAAUGGCCGGAGAACUGAUGGACGAUGCAGUUGAAAGUCUAUUUGACGAUGACGAGGAGGAGGAAGACGCCGUCAUUAGUCAGGUUCUUGACGAGAUCGGCAUCGACGUACAGCAGAAGCUCUCCGGAGUGGGCGUGGCUAACAGUGCGUUGCCGGAGCAACGGCGGACAAAGGUCGGCGCCGACACGUCAGACAUUGAAGCAAGACUGAGAGAAUUACAGAAUCCAUAGCAACCACUUUUUUGGCACGCGCUUACUUGUAUAUACUUCAUCAAUCUACAUGUACUUUUUACCACACAAGUAAUUAUCAUUAUCCACUUACAGAAUUUAAUUUUUUAACCUCAAAAUAAAUUGUCUAAUAAUACAAAAGGUUUUUACAGCUUCAGCAUAAAUACUAAUACAACUGCUUCUAUUAUGAGGUGUAGAUAUAGUAGAAAAGUAUUACGGAUGUGUUAGUGGUGGUAAAUUGUAUGUGAGUUCAGUGUUUUUCCUCUACUAGUUGGCUUUGGUCUUCGUGGGUAUGUGGGCAUCCCACGCCUCUGCCCAAAUCUCACCACUUUCCUUCAGAGAUCUAAAAACAAAAACAACCAGAAUCUAAGACUGAGUUUGCGAGUUUUGUAAGUG